AUGAGUCUUAGGUUUCCGGACUUUCUCGGGCCUCUGAACCUCCAGCAGCCCAACGCUUCAGGCGAGGCUGACCUGCCUUCAAAACAGCAAAACCGUGCCCAACAGCACCAGCCCCAAAAUGACCAAGAUCCAGAGCAAUUUCCUUCAAAACCUGCCACCGCUCCCCCUGUCCCCGAUGCAGCUCUCGACUCGAAUCUAGACUUUGACCUGCUUUUGAAAUCCAAGUUAUCGGCUUUAGGGAGCCACCAUGACGUUCCCCAGCGAGACGACCUGCCUCAGGCCUCGUAUGGCAACUCCUUUUCACCCUUGACCGGUGCCCACAACGGCUUUGGCAUGGAUAGCAGUCCUGCUUUUAGCGGACUUGCUGAGUUUGGACCUUUCCACAACCAAACAAACACUUUUCAUUUGCCUUUAGAGUUACAAGGCGGUAUUGGGAAUAUCUCUUCUAGAAGACCUAGUUAUGCCGCUGAACUGUUCACCAGAUCACAGCAACCGCUGCUGUCUCUGCCCGCCCAGCAAUUUGCUGGUCCCGCCACUUCCACCUUCCAUCCAUCGACAACGUCUUCGAACAAGAACUCCUUGGCGUCUUUUGCAGCGGCGAACAACUUCUCGAUGAAUGCUCCACAGCUGCAACGUAGAGACCUGGCCCUGAACCAACAGUAUCAGGGCAACAUGGGUCAGGAUGCGCUUGCUGACUCGCUCCUGAACUUUUCCCUCAAUACGAACUUGUCGGAUUUCCAGGCCAGACGACCUUCUCAAUUGGCCGACUACCAGGCCGUGCCUCAGCAACAGUAUUACCCAUCCUUCCAUUCGCUGCAACUGCAGUUCUACUCGUCUGGUCCCGCUUCGUUUUCUUCCUUCCACUCUGGCUCAUUCCAGCCGGCUGGCUCGUCUGGUAUGCCAAUGGGUGGAGUCCCGUCAACAGCUCCUCAGGGUCAUAAUACCUACCCAGCCGCUCCUGGAGCGCUGGCUAGUGGCUCCGGUGUUGACAUGUCGGCAUUUGCUCAACCACUUCCCGGCCAAACCAUGAAAUUGGACAAUGGCCUUUUGUUGAAGGAUCAGUACAUAAUGGCUUCUCCAGAGCUCAAGCAGCAAUUUCUCUCGGCCAUACGAUACUUCCAGGACGUUGAUCUCAGCAACAAUAUCUUAAGCAAGUUGCAUGAGUUGUUAGCCAAUCCUGUGGUACAAAAGUUGAUUACGUUUGUCAAGAACUUGAACAAUCUCACCUUUAACCACAAGAUGUUAUGCCUUGUCGUUAACAAGAACGGAAAAUUGGACUUGUUGUCGUACCCUAGCAGCUCGAACAUUUUCCUUCAACGAGACAAUUUGGUUAUCGUUGACGGUGACAGAGGGAAAGACUUGGUGAUGAUUUUAGAGCCAUUGGUAAACUUAGAUUUUGCCAUCCUAUUCAACUUCCUCAAGAAGAUCGAACAUCUCAAGUCUUUGACCAUCAAUGACGCCAACGGUGGUACGUCCGUCAAGGGUAAUCACAGUGGAGGCACACAUUCUACGGCAAUGAACGCAUCCACAAUCAUCAAUAAGCAUUCCAACGAAGACAAUGAAUUUAUUAUUACCUUACCCACCAAGCAAGUGUUACGUUUCGCUACACCCAAGGAGAUACAGAAAUUAAGCGGGAAGUUCUUGGAAGAGAAAAAGGCGUUCAUCACUUGCUUUAAUAAAAUAAAAGAGUUGGGACUCAACAACGACUUGACGCUCAUAAAUGUCGAGUAUCAAUGCGAUUUCAAGAAGUUGAUCUUCUAUUACUAUGCUGGUUUCAAACGGAUUGAUUUCAGAGGACUAAUCAAAGAGUUGUUCAAGAUUUACAAGACACGUAUCUGGUUAUGUGCUGUUUUGCCUUACGACAGACGGGAGCUAUACACCAGUUUGUCCAAGGAUGAUGCUAGCGAGAAGUCGACGCUAGGCAGCAUUCCUAAGGAGUACGAGUUGUCAAAUGAGCAAAUCUUGAACUUUUCCGUCAAAGAGUUUGGUAAAUUGCCGAAGCCUACGUACUUCCAUCUGCGCAAUAUGUACAAUUUGGUACUUAACCUUGAAAACGACCUUCAAGGCAAGUUUUAUGGGUUUACACAGAUGAACGACGUCAGUGAUGCAGAGACUGGUGCAGCUAUGCCAGUGCCAGUGGGUAGAAACGAGGAAGCUCCCAACGCCAGCCCUGGCAACAAGAACGCCAAAUCGUUUCGCAAAAACUCAAGCUACCAAAUUCCUCCAAACUUCGAUCCGUUUGGCGGACAGAAAAAUGUAUAA